UUGUCAAAUUCUUGUCAGAAAUUAAUCGCAUUAUUUGUGUUCGUAUUGUGCUAAAUUUUACUCAUAAUGUCUGAUAUAAAAAUAGUGGCUGCUAGUAUAGUGAACUUUCUGAAGCAACAGCUCGAUAGCGAUGCCUUAAGCGCGGACUCGCGCGAGAGCGUGGAGGUCGGCGUGCAGUGCAUAGAGACAGCGUUCGAGCUCACGCCCGACGAGCUGAGCAGAGGGGUCGACCUGCUGAAGCUGGUACGGCAGGGAACUGGCGCCGCCGCCCCCGCUGACCGCGCCGAGGCCGAGAGACUCAAGAACGAGGGCAACGAGCUCAUGAAGGCCGAGCGCUACCGCGAGGCGCUCGACAAGUACACGCGCGCCAUCGAGAUCGACCCGCAGAACCCCGUGUACUUCUGCAACCGGGCCGCGUCGCACUUCAAGCUCGGUGACAACCUGACGGCGGUGGCGGACUGCACGGCGGCGCUGGCGCUGCAGCCCAACUACGGCAAGGCGCACGGGCGGCUUGGCAUCGCGCUCACGGCGCUCGAGCGCCACGCUGAGGCGCGCGCCGCCUUCGCCCGAGCCGCUCAGCUCGAGCCCGACAACGAGUCCUACCGCCAGAACCUGCAGGCGGCGGAGGAGCGGCUGGCGGCGCGCGGCGGCCGCUCGCAGCUCGACCUGGGCGGCUUGCUGCAGAACCCCGCGCUGCUCAACAUGGCCACCGAAAUGCUCUCCGACCCCAACAUGCAGAACCUCAUCUCCGGCCUCAUGACGACCACCACGCAGCCCGCCCAGGGCACGACCGGGAUGAACGCGUUGCUGGAGGCGGGGCAGGCCCUGGCGCAGCACAUGCAGUCCGCCAACCCCGACCUCGUGGAGCGGCUCCGGAGCCAGAUGCGCCCCCCGGGCCCCGGUGGCAACCAACCUCCCCCCUCGCAAUAGGCUCUUAAUGUAACUAUCAAAGAGAUAACCACUUUUUUACUCCCGAUGUCUGCUUUCAUUUUUAAGAGUGUGGGUAAAAUUUUAAUUACAACCUGAUACUUUCCUAAACAGAUGAUUUGAUUUAAAAUAUUGGUGUGAUGAUCAUAAUUGAUAAUAAUAAUAUUUUCUUUAUCAGAGUGCUUCUGUCCACAUUUGCAUCGUUAAUGUGGGCAGGGGGAGAUGUGGGGUAGAUGUGGGGUAGAUAGGGAUAAAUUGUAUAGAACCAUGUUAUGAAAAUGCAUGAGACAUAACUUAUUUAUAUAUUACUCCUGCUAGGUAAUAUGAUAAUAUAUGUGUAUAUUGUUAAGGAUAAAAAUGUCUGUAGCUAAAUGUUCAUAAGAUUAUAAAAUGAUAUUUGGUUAUUAAAAUUUUAUUUUAAAAAUA